AUGGUGGGACUGAAAGGACGGGGGAUCUCGAUCUUUGUUGUCACUGUCGUUUUCCUCGUCUUGUCCCUCGUUGCUGUUGCCCUCCGGUGCUUUGUUCGGCUGAGAUUGAUGAGGGCGUUUGGAUGGGAUGAUGCCCUCAUGGUAUUUGCCAUGGCUCUGAAUAUCCUGUUCGCUAUAUGUGGAAUCACCGGACCCUUCUAUGGCAUGGGUCAAAAGACUGAGGAGCUCUUGCAAGAUAUCCCUGGAGCUGAGAAGGCGCUAUUUUGGUGGUGGCUCGGACAAUCUAGCUAUGUCUACACCUGCGUGGCCGCCAAAGCCGCCAUUGCCAUGGCGCUCUUCCGUCUGACGAUUUCGAGGCUGCACCGAUAUAUAUUAUGGGGCGUCAUUGGGAUAUCGGUCCUCGUGGGGCUGGCCUUCUGGCUCAUUUUAACCCUGCAAUGCCAACCAGUGUCGUACUUUUGGCGGCGCUUCACAGCAACAGGCACCUGCAUUGAUGUCAGGUACGUUCUGGGCGUCGCCUAUCUCUACAGUGUGACGGCCGUGAUUUGCGAUUUUAUUCUCGCCUUACUACCGAUAGUGCUAGUAUCGAAAUUGCAAAUGAAUUUCAGAACCAAGGCGGCGCUUGCUGUGAUUCUGGGCAUGGGCUGCAUUGCCAGUACCGCCGUCAUCGUCCGCAUUCCAUAUCUUCCGCAUUACCAAGAUGAGGAUUUUCUCUACGCGACAGCAAACAUCUCUAUCUGGUCUAACGUCGAAGCAGGCCUGGGAAUCACAGCAGGAAGCCUUGUCACCGUUCGACCUCUAUUCCGGUUUUUCCGCGGGACGGGAUACGACCAACAACAGAGCUCCAGAACAGCCGACGCUUGGCAAUUGGCCGGGAUGAACGUCAAUGCGGACCGUCUCCCCCAAGAUAUCCAAGAGGUCGACCGGAUCUGGCGGCUCAGUACUGGAGCGGAGACUGGUGAUGGGAUUUCUGGCGCAGUCCAGGCAUCAAGCCAAAGCCGACUUUGUACCCACGAGGAUUUAGACACGAGGCCGGACUCCUUCCACGGGCACAAAGCUAGCUUUAAAUCAUCGAAUGAAGCUUAA